AUGUCGAGUAAACUAAUUGAUUGUGGAGUAUGUGAAUACCGCAACAUCAACAAACCAUCAGUGGUCUGGUGUUCAGAAUGUGAUGAAGGACUGUGUGAGGAAUGUAAAGAGCACCAUGCAGCUUCAAAAGGAUCCAGAAGCCAUCAUAGUGUUCCAGUCUCCGAGUACCAGAAGCUUCCUACCAAUAUAUUGGCAAUUACUCAAACUUGUCCAAAACAUGAUGAAAAAUACCAGAUAUUUUGUAAGAAGCACGAUUGUCUAUGCUGUAGACGAUGCGUUACUGAAACCCAUAACGGUUGCCAAGAGAUGGAUGUAAUAGAUGACGUCAUCAAGAAUGUCAAAUCAUCAAAUGCAUUCUUGGAGAUGGAACAAACGCUGGCAGAACUUUCCGAAAAUUUGCAGAAAAUAAAAAAAGAUCGACAAGAAAACAUAAAAAGUAUGAUGGAGAAUAGAGCAAAAAUAGAAAAAGAAGUUCAACAGACACGAAUGUCGAUAAAUAAUCAUCUGGAUAAACUGCAAGAAAGUCUGUUAAAAGAACUGUUUGCCGCUGAGAAAAAUGAGAGCACAAAAAUCGAAAACAUAAUAUCAUCCAUACAAGAGAAUGAAAGAAAGAUUUUAGAAAGCCAAACUACUUUAGGUAAAAUUAAACAGCAUGCGUCAGAUCUGCAGACAUUCUUAGCUUUGAAACAUAUCCAACAAGAUGUCACGAACAACGAACAAUUUCUUGAAUCUUUGAUAAAAGAAAAGAAAAUUAAUAAUGUAUCCAUGUCUUGGAAAAUCGAAAAAUCUGUUGAGAUUCUAUCUACCACAAUCAAGAAGAUAGGAACCAUUCAAUUGGAUACCAGGUCAGCUGAUGCAACAUUGACAGUCCGGAAGAACCAACAAGCCCAGAUGAUGAUGCCUAUUACACAUGCUCCUACUAUUGAUGAUAUCAAACUUACUUUAAGACAGACCGUGAAGACAACAGGAAAGCAUGUCAUUGAUUGCUGCUUACUUCCUGAUGGCAGAAUGAUUUUUUCCUGCUAUUCAAAUAGCACAAUUUACGUCCUCAAAACUGACGGGACUUUGGAUUUUUCUUUACAACUAGAAAGUCGUACAUCUCAUAUCCACUUUAUCGAGGAAAGUCAAAAACUUGUCGUAACAACAGGGCAAUUCUUCUUGUACAUUAAUAUCAUAGAUAUGAGAAACAGAGAAGAAGAGAAAUCGAUUAAUGUUAGAUCUGAGAAUUAUGGAAUUGUUCACAAAGAUGGGAUAUUAUUGUAUAAUGGAGGUAGAAGUGGAUUAUAUGCUGUAAAUUUAAAAGAUGGUUGUGUAACCCAGUUAGUUAAAGUUCCUUUGUUCCAAAGAAGCGGCAUUGCUAUGUGGUCAGAAAAUCUAUAUUUUAUAAACAUGGAUUAUUCAGUAUCAUGUUGUGAUCUUCAAGGAAGAGUUAAAUGGAAAUUAGAACUUAACCCUCUUGCUGCCGAGUUUUUUUCUUGCUUUGUCGCGCCAAAAGCAUCUUGA